CAAAUGUUGGGCAACAUGCUUCUGAACCAUAUGGGUCCCAUUGGCCAAGAAAUCCAUAGAACGUUUGUUUUCUACGAUACCGAACCGAUGGAGGAUUUAAGCGUGUUAAUUAAAAAAUUUGAUAUAUACUACAUAUACGGGGAUGAAAAAAGAGACUGCGAAGACAUCGACAAAUAUAUAAACGAUUUGAAAUCCAUCGCUAUCGCAAUGAAUUGCGUUGAUCCCGCGUUGGUUGUGAAGGAAAAAAUUAUACAAGAUAUAUGUGCUCAACUUUUCACGGGAAUAGUUACGUUUCUCCAAGAAUAUAAAGGAAAACUGGUACCGUACUUGCGUUCGUUGGAGCUCGACGAUAUUAUUCUAUUCUGCAAACAGAGCGAAAUGGCGCAAAAUAUGGAGGAACCCCCGAGGCAGGACUUUCACUAUGCCAAGUCGACUGCAUUAGAAUGUAUUCGAUGUGAUACCGUGCAUAAACGAAAUCAAUGUCCGGCUUGGGGCGUCCAGUGCAACAGGUGCAAGCAAUUCAAUCACUUUACGGAAAAUUGUAAAUUUAUGUACAUAGACAAUUGCACCAAAUGCGGAACGAGUCACGUUCUGACACAUUGUCCAGCGUAUGGCGAACUGUGCACAAAAUGCGGCAAGAGAAAUCAUUUCGCGUCCAAGUGCCAAAUUCCCUUUAUGAACAAUUGCUGGAAAUGCGGUACGAGUCAUGUGGCAACCAUGUGUCCGGCGCAGGGUCGAACAUGCCGUUAUUGUAAUAAACUGAAUCAUUUGGAAGAACGAUGCGCGAACAGGUGUAAAAAUGGUCAGUAGCGAAUCUACAGUGAUCGCUCACUUAUUUUCUACUAAAUAAUGGUAGUAGUAGUUUCAAAUAUCUAUGUCCAAAAAGUUUUAACUCUAUAUUAAACAAAAUAUACACAGCAUGUUAUAUCAAA